AUGCCUAAAGACUACCAACACAUCGUCUUUCUCAACAACUACUUCAACAGUCUCCCCAAUCCCGACAUCUUGACGGAGCCAACAAAACAGACUGCGAUUAGAUGCAACGCAGCACACAUCCCACCAACAACUCCAGGUGUUGAUGGUGUCGAUUCACAAAUUGUCGGAAGACAUAUCAGCGAAUGUCGAAGACGCGCGCGUAAUCAACCUCGAGCCGAACGCAACAAGGCGUGGCAAGUAGACAUCCUCGAAGCAGCCUACCGCCAGAAUCAUUAUCCAUCCGCAGGAGAGAGGAUGAUCUUGAUGUACCGAACUGAUUUAAGCUACAGGAAGAUCAAGAAUUGGUUCGAGCAAAAGGCGAAGAUGCUGAAGAAAGCAGGCGGAGGUCCUGUCGGUCCAAACCCCGGCAGCAACAAAUAUUCGACCAAGAUGUGGAAGGCAUAUUUUGCAGAUCCAGUUGGUUAUGUUCAGAAGUUGAUGAACGGCGAGAUCGAUAUGGUGACUGGUGCCGCAAUUGGUCAAGCGGUAAACAACUUGGUUAAUGCACCGGCAAGUGACCCUAUAAACAACACGGGCGAAAAUCCUAAUCUAGGAACCUUGGCACCUGGCACAACAAUUGUUCCCGGCCCCGACUAUCAAUCUGGGCAUCAACAUAAUCAAGGUGGUUGUCCGGAUAUGCAACCACAGCCAUAUAACCAUUUGAGCCAGUAUGAGCAAUAUGAUUACUCGAAUGUGCAGGCACCGCCUCAAAGUCCGGUUCCUCGACAAGCACAAUACGGGCCACAAUCAAUGCCCAUAUAUACUCAGGCCCAAGAUUCAAAGUCCAUGAACUCGGGUAUCAGUAGUUACGCAGCAGGGAGGAGCUACCAAGUGAGUGCUGUUCAACCAGCCCCUCGACAGACAGCUCAGCCAGGAGCAUAUAUCGCCAACACCAUGUCUCAAGAUGUGGUACCAGAAUUACUCGAUCGCAUUAACCAGGCUGUGCCAGAUCAAUACAACUAUGGCAUGCCUCCAAAUUAUCAGUCUGGAAUUACACAAGAUGAGUUUCCCGAUCAGGACGAUGGAGAACUUCAGGAUCAGGAUCAAUGGCAGGGUAAAUAUGAGCCCUUCUAUCCUCCAGUUACUCAACUUCAUGCUGAGCGAUACAUGCGUGCAUAUCCUCAGGCCCUAGAGAGUCGGGCUGGACAAUCGUUUGAUGAGAAUUUUCCCCAGUCUAAUGGUCCCGCCCGAAAGAGAAAGUCGAUUCCUGAUGACGACGAACUCAACCAGGGGCCAUACGCCGCACAUCUUAGAAAGCGACCUCGUCAAGUCUCCGAUUCUCAAUUUUCUACCUCGUCUGAAAGUCGAAUGCUUGCUGGAGUUGAGGGUAAAAUGAGAGUCACCAGAGAGCCAGCUAAGAGACUGAGGGCUUCGAGACCGGUCCAAAAGACCCGUCGACGACCAAUAGCUGGCCAGUCCCAGAGUCGAAGAACUUCCGGAAACGGGACUGAUGACUCAAUGAAUUCGUCUUUCGAUCACAGUGGCCUGAGAUGGUCUCCGCCUCCACCUUCAAGGCUGAAUAUCAGCCAUAGCAGUCCUUAUGAGGGAGAGAUAGUUGAAGUAGGAGCGACAUCUCCUAAUAUCCGAACUCCCAAUAUCCGAACUCCUGAUGUCCGAGGUUCGGACUUCGAAGCACAACCUCUCGACCCUCUCCUCUUCAGAUCUGAGCAAAGUGGUCCUAAUAAUAGCUUCGAAGAUAGUUCUGGACAAUCAUUUGUCGCCUUCGAACCGCUCAUGCAAGAAAGUCUGGGCGACAUGACACAGAGCGUAACGCAUCCACAACAGCAUGCUGCUGCUAACAUUCCAGAUCCUGCGGCACAACAGUACGAUGCAGCUCCUAACUCAAGAGCGCCAAGUCCUACAGUUAACAAUAGAUCUGGGAGCUUAGAUGGGAAUUGGGAAACCGAUUUGGAAGUCCAAGGACAUCAACCACAACAGGAUUCUACUUUCCCACAAGGAGAAGCUCAGGAUUUUGAGUCGUUCUCUCAAAUAGCUCCAGUCUAUGCUCCGAAUGUGCAAGAUAUCGAAAACUUCGAGGAUGUGCUUCCUGUGCCGUACAUAAAUGCUCUAGAGCAGGCAUUUCUGCACAACGGAGAGUUUGACUACUCGGCAUUCUUGGGCAACGACGGCCUUUUCGAGGAUUGGGAUCCGCCCAAUCUCGAUGGUAACAAUUGA